AAAUGGAGCAGCACGUUUGAGAAUGUUGACAAUGUUUUCAUUCUUGUUUUAGGAGUUAAACAAUGGGUUCGAAUAAAAAACAACUUAAAGAAGUUAAUAAACAAAAGAAAGGAAAAGGAAAAAGAUGGAAGAAAGGCCAAAGCAGCAGUAGUAACCCCGAAACUAAAACAUUUAGGGAGGCUGCCAAAAACAGAUUUUUCCAAACAUCGUCAUCGAAAGGAGAAAGUAGUCUUACUGUUGAUGCUUUGGCUAAACAUAAUGAAGAACAGUUAGAUAAAGAUGGUGAUGUUAGUCUACGAGCGGAGUCAGAUGUUGUCAGCGCUGCCGGAAAGACGUUUAAUACCUGGGCGACAAACUGGACAGAGUGUACCAACACAACAUUUAGUCGAGUACAUAGGUACUGGGCAUCAAAUUCGGCUUUUCAUAAAGAGGUGUUAGCUGUGUUAGCGGCAGUUACAGAGGUGAUAAAAACCCAGGGAGGCUCUGAAUCAGAAACAGAAUACUUCGCUGCUUUGAUGACAGCACUGGAGACAACAGAGGGAGAAGACUCUGUAUCAGCCGUGGCCUACCUCCUCAGCUUAGUCAUGAAGAGAGUUCCUGCCCCAGUCCUAAAGAGAAGGUUUUCAGAAAUUUCCAAAGAAUUUCUGGAUGUCCUUGUGAAGUACAGCGAGGGGCAUUCUCCUGCUCUCCUCAAGUCUUUGUUGCUGUGUCUGGCGUUGCUGCUUAGAGUUCAGGACCAGGCUACUUGGAGUAACUCCUCCACACAGCGAGUGUAUCAAAGUAUGCUGGCCUUCACAGUCAACAAAAAGCCUAAGGUGAGAAAGGCAGCACAACAAGGGGUGAAUAUUGUCCUGAGGGGUAGUGUCUUUAUGAACCCACCAGAGACGGCCCCUCCCCACCACCCCGCCAGCUCCCUGACCGCCAAGUUCUGUAUCCAGGUCAUCGAGCAAAGCGGAGGUUCUACAGAGUCUUCAGACACACUAUACAUUCUAACCUUAUUGAAGGACAUCAUGUGUACAUUCUCUCAGAGUAGUCUGAAAUCAGUGUGUGAGACCAUACUGAGAGUGAUGACACUAAGUAAUGUGAUGGUGACAUCUUGUGGAAUGAAGGCUUUAUAUAGCCUCUUUAAUGGAAAUCCCAGGGUUACUACUCUGAAUGCAGAACUGAAUGCACAAAUGAUCAAAGCUUUGUAUGAAUACCAACCUUCAAAUAAUGAUGUACAACCAAUGAAGGCGUGGCUAGCAGUAAUGGAGGCAGCACAUAAAAAUCUGACAAGACUGGAUGAGAAGCUCUGUCUUGGACACCUCCCCCGUUUCUUCUCGGUGUGUAUGAUGUGUCUUCUGUCUGAGAAAGCCGAGGUCAACUCUAGUGCCGCAAAAACCAUGAAGGAGCUGCUGAGGGCCUGUCUGGCCUCUGCUGUAGAGGGCGCUAAACAAGUGACAUCAUCAGGUGCAAAUACACCUGUCCACAAGAUUGUGAAAGCUCUGGAGACAGGACUAGGGUACCAGUUUCAUGCUGCCUGGGGACUAGUCAUGCAAGUCUUUGCUGUAUUGUUUGAGGUUGUCGGUAAGGAAUGCCCAGCACUUUUCAAGAAGAGUUUAUUAUCAAUAGCCAAUCUUAGAGACAGUCCUAGGUUUCCUUAUAAAGCGGAGUUGGACCAUGCUGUCGGUGCUGCUAUUAAGUACCUGGGGCCUCGUCAUGUGUUAGAAGCUGUGCCUCUGAAUAUUACAGGCGACGAUGAUGACUACAGUUUUCCCCGGAGUUGGUUACUUCCUGUCAUAAGAGACAACGUGUGCAAUACAGAGUUAGGGUUCUUUACAGCGUAUUUCCUUCCACUGGCUGCAAAACUCAGACAAAGAUCUCUGGAGGCAGAGUCUACAGGUAAUCAGGUGGUUUGUAAAUCGUACGACGCUCUACAGCGACAGAUCUGGUCCCUGUUACCAGGCUUCUGUACCCAGCCCACUGAUCUCGCACAGUCAUUCAAGGGAAUCUGUAAAAUUCUUGGGUCUGCCAUCAGUGACCGUGAAGAUCUUAGGACUGAAGUCAUGUCUGGUCUCCGGAAACUCAUCAACAAGAGCAAAGAAGAGGAAGAGAGUAAGAGAGAGGUGGGUCGAUUCGCCAAGAAUUUCCUCCCCAUUUUGUUUAACCUGUUCACAACGGAGCCAGAGAACACCAAAGACACGGCUCGCCUGGCUGUCCUGGAAACCAUCAAAACCUACCUACAGAUAGCAGACACCACAUUGGUCAAUUCAUUCUGUGAUAAAUGUAGAGAGAAAAUCCAUGAAGAGGGGGUUUCACCCUUUAAAAGACAUGCUCUGAUGGAUCUUCUACUCGUGAUGUUACCAGUGGUGGAUCAAACAAGGGUGGAAGCAAUUUUCAAUGUGACAACUCCAUUUCUCUCUGACAUGGAUAAGACAUUACAAAAGAAGUGUUACCGAGUCUUAGAGGAGUUAUGUAGCAGCUCUUCAAGAGCCUGUCAGGCAUUUGUUACAGAGAAUCUGUCAACCAUACAGGAAGUCCUGCUAGAUUCCCUGUCUACAUCUAGUCCUUCCUCUAAAGCACCUCGUCUCCGUUGUUUAAUCAACAUUUUCAAAGUACUGAAGGAGGAGGAGAAAGAUUUCCUGUUGGCGGUUGUACCAGAGGCCAUUCUGUGUACCAAGGAGAUAGGAGAAAAGGCGCGAUCAGCAUCCUACCAACUACUGGUGGAAAUGGGCCGUGCCAAGAUGAGAUGGAAUCAAAACGAAAAUGAGGCAUUAGAGGACUACUUCCAGAUGGUGAUGGCAGGACUUGGGGGUUCCCCUCAGAUGGUCAGCUCCACCCUCCUGGCCCUGACCAGGAUUCUCUACGAGUUCAAAGCCUCCAUCAGCCCGCCAUUAUUGGAGACGAUCGUGGAUCAGCUGUGUUUGCUGCUGACGUCUAAGACAAGGGAGGUGGUUAAGGCGGCCCUGGGUUUUAUGAAGGUCCUGUUAUCAGCUUACCCUGACACUGUGCUGGCUCCACACCUAAAGCAGAUCAUGUCCAGUCUUGUUUCACAAAAGGAGGACUUCAAGCAUCAUUUUAGGUUCAAGGCCAAAGAAAUUUACGCUAAACUCAUCAAGAAAUUUGGAUAUGAGACAAUCUUUGGUAUGUCACCUCCCAGCAUCCACAAGGUACUGGUAAACAUAAAGAAGACUCAGGAGAGGGCGAAGAAGAAGAAGAAGGAGAGAGACAGUGACUCUGAAGAAGACAGUGACCAGGAACACUUCAGAUCUCAACCUGAAAGUGUGGACGACCUUCUGAGGGACACAGACUCAGAGGAUGAGACAGAAACAAAAUCCAAACGUAAACCAAGGGACAAAACUCAGGCUAAGCUGGCCUGGUUACAAGAGGGAGGGGACAUCAUGGAUUUCCUGGACCCAACAGCCUCCAAAAAAGUUCUCGCUACCAAACCAGAAGAGAAGAAAGACGUGAAGAAGAAAGAAGCUGCAUUUAAGACGGCCCCUGAUGGUCGUCUGAUUAUAACAGAGUCCAGUGAUGAAGAAGGUCCAGAGAAAAUGGGAGAAGAUGACGAUGACCUUGAAGAUUUGUUGAAGGCCAUUGAGCAGGGAGCUGGAAAUGUCAAGCAGAAAACAAAGAAGAGGAAGAUAGAAGAUUUAGGUUCAGAUGAUGAGGCAUCAGCACCAAAAUAUAAAGCUGGAGGAGGGGGUAUACACAGACCGCUAGCCAAAGCCAAAAGGUCAGCUCCCCAGGAAGCUGGCAGUGAAUACAGAGCCAAGAAAGCGGGAGGGGACAUCAAGAAGUCUGGAAGACCAGAUCCUUACGCUUAUCUUCCUCUGAACUUCCAAGCUCUCAACAAGAGGAAAAAAGCAAAGAUGUCGGGGCGUUUUACAAACUUGGUGAAGGGAGCAAAGAAAGGCGCUAAAAAGGGAUUUAAAGGAAAGAAAAAGCCUUGAUAAUUUAUUGACAUAACAUACAGGACUAAAAAUGUUUAUUGUUGGAUCGUUUCCUUGUUUACAAAAUGAUUAUUGUUUUUAAAAUCACUUAUUGAAAUAAUUUAAUGAUAUAUUUGUGAAAAGGCAAGUAUGACAAUAUUCAAAUGAAACUGUAAAGUUUGUGUAUUUUAUCAAAUAUGAAAUUGAUAAAAAGUACUGUAAAUGCAGAACAUUUGCAUAAAAAAUUC